ACACCAAAAUCAAUCGGUAACCGAUGGUCUGACUCUGAAUCAACGUAGGCUGUGGGCCACCGAAAGAGUAUAGUGGUCAUUGGUCCGAUUUUAACAACAGCUGAUACUUAUGAUGUGAUCCACCCUUUUUCACAGGUUGGAUGUUCUACACAACUGACCCAUUCCCGCAAAAUCAAACGCACUGUAUGUGAAAGCGAACACGCCUUUAACCAAUUAUUACUAUAGAAUUAUAGAAUGUUAGUAUAGAGAAGCGCAACGUACACGAAAUUUAAGUUUAAGAUGGGUUAGAUUAGAAUAUGUACGUCAUUUUAGCCAUCGAAAUCAAUACACUUGAUCAGGCACGUAUAUCAAGUCUUAAUCUUCACCACAGUAACAAUAAAGCAAUGGAGAUGAGUGAAUCAUGUGGGGCCCAAUAUCCCGUAUAUAAACUCAGCUUAGUGUAAGUGUAUACAUCCACCUCCAUAAUCACAUCAUCAGAUCAUCCAUACACUCCUCAGCUAACACCAUGGCUUCCUUAACCAAAUCUUUCUUCUUAGCCUUGUUCAUAUUGGGAGUCUGGGCUUCUCAAGCCAUGGGCCGCACUCUACAGGAAGUGUCUAUGUCUGACAGGCACGAGCAAUGGAUGGCUCGAUAUGGUCGCACAUACAAGGAUGCAACUGAGAAAGAGCUUCGUUUCAAGAUAUUCAAGGACAAUGUGGAAUUCAUAGAAUCCUUCAACAAUGCCGGGGACCGAUCUUACAAGCUAAGUGUAAAUGAAUUUGCAGACCAAACCAACGAGGAGUUCAGGGCUACCCGUAAUGGAUUUAGGCCCACUCAAACAAGAGUACCGAGAGCCAAGUCGUUCAUGUAUGAGAACGUGACUAUGCCAGCUAGUAUGGAUUGGAGAAAGAAAGGCGCUGUAACCCCAAUCAAAGACCAAGGACAAUGUGGAUGUUGCUGGGCAUUCUCAGCGGUAGCAGCCACGGAAGGGAUUACACAACUCAAGACAGGGAAGUUGCUUUCUUUAUCUGAGCAAGAGGUGGUGGAUUGUGAUACCAAAGGUGAGGAUCAAGGCUGUGCAGGAGGUUUCAUGGACGGCGCCUUUGAUUUCAUUCAACACAACAGAGGACUUACAACAGAAGCCAAGUACCCCUACAUGGCAGUUGAUGGCACUUGCAACUCCAAGAAGGAAGCCAACCCUGUGGCCAAGAUCAACGGUCACCAAGAUGUUACGGCCAACAGUGAGAAAGCUCUGUUGAAGGCUGUGGCUAACCAACCCGUUUCUGUUGCAAUUGAUGCUAGUGGAUCUGCCUUCCAGUUUUACUCAAGCGGUGUAUUUACAGGAGAUUGUGGUACUGAACUAGACCAUGGAGUGACGGCUGUGGGAUAUGGGAUGACAGAUGAUGGGACUAAGUAUUGGAUAGUGAAGAAUUCAUGGGGAACUUCAUGGGGUGAAGAAGGAUACAUAAUGAUGGAGAGGGAUGUUGGUGCUAAAGAAGGGAUAUGUGGUAUUGCCAUGAUGGCUUCUUAUCCCACCGCUGCUUAAUCCUCACUAGCUGCAUGUAUCAUGCUUGUUUAUCCCAUGCUUUGAUCAUAAAAGUAUUAUGAAGAAAUGUAGAAAUGUGUAGCUUCUUUAUGUAAUUCUCAUACAUGUAAUAGGUUACUUCCAU